CGCUUGGCUCGAGCCGCCCGGAGCCGCGCUGCAAGGAUAGGCUGCGUAACAAUAAGCAAGAUGCCAGUGAAUUUCAAGGAGUAUUUCCCAGACGACCAAGGGCCUUUGCUGGAUCCAGAUCAGAGAACCUUGUACAAGAGCAUCAUGCAAGAGAAUGGUGGGAAUGUGGCCUUUUUGGGCAACGGACAGGCCAAUGAGAUCAAGGAGGAUUUUCAGCUGCAAAGAACUGAGCAAGACACACAGACUGGAGUAUCUCUGGGAUUAGCAGGAGAAAUCAUUUCCCAAUGUCUUGAGAAAGGAGGAACUGCUCUGAAUCAACACAGGCCUGAGAGGCACCUGGAAAACCACCUAGCAAAGAGAACAGAUAACACGGAGAGUCUCCAGGACUUUGGCAAAGGCACAGCCCGAAAGCGGAUUCGCAAAUCCCAGGGCCCAAGGACGUGCAACGAGUGUGGGAAGACCUUUGCUCAGGCCUCGAACCUCCUGGCGCAUAAAAGGAUCCACACGGGCGAGAAGCCCUACAAAUGUGUGCAUUGCGGGAAAAGCUUCACCGAAAGGUCAAACCGCAACCGGCACCAGAGGACCCAUUCAGGAGAGAAACCGUAUAAAUGUGUCGACUGUGGAAAAAGCUUUAGCUUUAGAUCCGACCUCAUUAGGCACGGGAUCACCCAUACGGGAGAGAGGCCUUAUAAAUGCUCGGAUUGCGGGAAAAGCUUCAGUCACGCCUCGACCCUAAUUAGACACGAGAACAUCCAUACGGGAGAAAAGCCGUAUUCCUGCGCAGACUGUGGGAAAAGCUUCACUCAGAGUUCAUCCCUUCUCGCGCAUAAAAGGCUCCACACAGGAGAAACGCCCUUCGUGUGCCCCGUUUGCGGGGAGAGCUUCAACUGGAAGUCUCACCUGGUAACGCAUAAAAGGACCCACACAGGGGAGAGACCGUACAAAUGCACAAAGUGUGGGAAAAGCUUCAUAGAAAAGUCAAAGCUGAAUAGGCACCAGAGAACCCACACGGAAAAGGAACUUCACGAAUGUGCAGAAUGUGGGAGAAUCUUUAGCAUCAGAUCCAACCUGGUUAGGCAUGAGAUAGCCCACAGAGGAGCCAAGUCGUAUACGUGCUUCAGCUGUGGGAAAAGCUUCAACCAGUCGUCGAAGUUGAUGAGGCACGAGAGAAUCCACACGGGAGAGAAGCCCUACUCCUGCACAGACUGCGGGAAGAGCUUCAGCCAGACCUCAGAGCUUCUCAGGCACGAGAGAAUCCACACGGGAGAGAAGCCUUAUAAGUGCUCUGUCUGUGGGAAGUGCUUCAAUCGCAGAUCACAUCUGAACACGCACGAGGCGACCCAUCUCGGAGGGCAGCUGUGCGAAUGGGCAGACAGCCGACCCGGCUACAACAACAGUUCGCUCCUUAUUGCAGGUGUGAAUCCGUCCGAGCAGAUUUACGCGGCAGGUCGUCCGUAUAAAUGCUUCAAUGGUGAAAAGGCCUACGAUCACAACUCCCUCCUCAUCGCAGGUGUGGAUCCACACGGGCAAACACAUUUAGGAGGCCAGCUCUACGAAUGGCCCAACAGCGAAACGAGUUACAGUCACUGCUCACUCCUUAUUACGGGUGUGAAUCUGCAAGAAGGGUUUCUUGCAGGGGACCAGCCCUUUCACGGUGAAGGUGAGCCGAGCUACGGCCGAGGCCCGUUCUUUGCGAACGGCGUGAACGAGGGAGCCCAACUGCAUAAGAGCCAAGAUGGCAACAGAAGCAGCAACGGCAAUGCCUCGCUCCUUAUCACCAACACGACGGUCACAAGAGAAGAGAAAGUGUUUAAUUGUCCCGAGUGCGGGAAGACCUUCAGCUGGAGGUCCCAUUUCAUCCGGCACAAAAGGAUUCACACAGGAGAAAAACCUUACGGCUGCCCCGACUGUGGGAAAAGCUUCAAUCGAAGGUCGCACCUCGUUCGGCACGGGAGAAUCCACGCCGGACUGAGGCCGCUUCCUCAGAUCGAGGGAGAAGCUUCGAUUCAGGAUCCAACGCUCUUAAACCAGGAUGAAUCUAUACCGGAGGGAAAUCAUACGAACGCAGGUGCUUCCGCUGCGGAUCGUACCGUAUUGCAGACUGGAGAAUUAGUUCAGGAAGCAAACCUCACGAACGUUCAACGACACGGUAUACAGGAUUAAACAUUGAAAGGAACUGUCCGGGUGAGAAACCCUGUGAUGGGAAAACAUUUGGCCGUACAUCCAUUCUUGCAAUUUGUCCAGGGGAAAUUGUGGCUCUGGUUCACCCAAGUAACAUAUGAGAUGGUAAAACUGUUCCUAGACAUAUUUAUUUUAUUUAUACCAGAUCAUCUCUAUACCGCUUUUUACUUUUAACAGAAUCCCAGAGAGGUUCGCAAGAUAAGAUUGUGAUAAAAGUCAAUAAAACGUCAGUGAAACAAAAUCUCUCAUUAAAGUCACUAGGGGUAGCUGGUAAUGCGAACAGUCAGGGAAAAACAGUAGAUUUGCACUACUUAAGAUUACCAGAGUGGGGCCAUAUGGUUGUUCCCCUAGUCAUAAAACAAAAAAACUCUCCCUGCACAUCAAGUUCUAGACUAGUGUUCUCUCUGAUAUGCUUGUUUUCUAUGAACAGGGAUUGUUUGCAUGGCUAUGAAUUCCCCCACCUGCUGCCUGAAUUGGCAUUGUCCAGGAACAGUUUUUACACUUCCUCUGCUCUUUGUAUAAACUACUGCUCAGUGGAAAAUGCUAUUUUAAAAAUUCCAUCCAGG